CAGCUAACUGCCAAGGAUGCAAUUGAAAGCUCCGGUGAUGAUGAUGAUGCUGAUGAUGCUGACAAUGAUCCUAAGGGGCCACCACACUCAAGAGGUAAACAAAUUAUCCACUCUCCCUCUUCUAGUGACAAAGAACUUAGGCGAGUUCUAGAGAAAUCUAGAUUGGAGACACAUGGAGGUGGAGAAACAUCUAAAGCAAUGGAAGAAGAAGCAAAUGAAGAAACUCCAGGGCAGCCAACUGCCAACUUCCAGUAGGUGACUCAAAUUCCUGACCUCAACAUGGAAUUUCAACAAGUGGAAGUAAACGAAGAGACUCCUGAACAGCAGCCCACUACAUCAACUGUCCUCAAGGAGAAAAUUCUCACCGAUGGUGCAGAGGAUACUCCAACACUGGCAGAGGUCUUCAUCCAAGAAAGAAGGGCCACAACCAAAUUCAUCAACAACGCCGAGGUGAGACUUCACAAGAGAUUGAUCAAAAUGCAGAAGCAUUUUGAUAAACUACUGGAGAUGCGGUUUGCAGAAGUACACCGCUACAUCAAAAGCAACCUCAUGAUACAACAAGUCUUCAAUUCUGAGCAAAAGGCACAACUCAAUAUUCAGCUAUCCCAGCAGCCGGCUCAGCUAGAAGCCAUACACAAAGAUCUUGCAGAUCAACAGGAAAAAGACAGAGAGCUGGAAAACCAAAUCCAAGCUUAUAUCAGGCAACUGCGGGAUCAUGAGCUAGCAGUUGGAUCCCAACCCACAGCAGAGUCCUCUGCCCAGGUACCUUCUCUCCCUUCCUUACCACCUAACCUUGAACAGGCCCUCCAAAGAAUUCAAGAGCAUGAAGCUUACAUCAACAAACUAAAGAACGAGGAGUUCCCUACCAUGCCAAAGCUCUCCCAAAAAUUCCUCAUAUAGCAGCAGGCUCAUGCUCAAGCCUAUGGGCAACUAACAAAGGACGUUGCUAACAACUUCCAAGUUCUCCAGAAGGCCACUCAAGAAACAUUUUGGAAGCAAGGAAGUGACUUCCAGAAGCUAGGUCAGGAUCUACAAACUACAAAACAAAGGGUUCAAGACUUGGAACAUGAAGUCAAAGAUGAAGUGAAGACUGAUCUUAUGGACAUCCAUAACUACAUCAAAGCAUUGUGCAUUCAGGUCUAUGGCCUGGAUCCAGUACGGAAGCAUCAAGAAGAACCUGACUCUGAUGGAGAAAUAGAGGCACUUUUUGAGGAAUGUAACACCCCUCUUUUUCAUGAUGCCAAUAAGGGGGGAAGGACAACACCAGCUGGUCCCUCAUCAUCAAGGUCUUUAGCAGUCAAGAAGGAAGCUGAAACAAGAAGGAAGAACAAGUUAUAUAAAGAAGAGCAGCAAAUCAGGAGAAGAAAAGAAGAGGAAGCAAAAGCUAGAGAGGAAUCCAAGAAGAAACUAGAAGAUGCCAACAAGAGUAGACUUGAGCAAAAGUCCGAAAGUGACUAAAAACUAUUGUACUUUAGAAUUAAAAACAAUGUAUCAUAAUACUUGAAAAUCAAUAAAAAAUAUUUGGUUUCCGUGUUGUAUAGUUUUGG